AUGGCGUAUCUUACAAACCUGAUUGAGAGUGAGAAAGGUAUUGAUCUGAAGUCGGAGUUAGAAGGCAAAGCCUACGUCGCUGUGCCUGGAAGCCAUGGCUGUCGGUUUGACAGUCAGAGCGCGUUUGCUCAUCCUGUUUGUGUUUCAGGCGGCUCCAUGCCAACUCAAAUUUCACCCGGCCUCUUAACUCUAAAAGACGUUGACUGGAAGCGUGUUCAUUUCUUCUUCUGUGACGAACGGGUUGUACCGUUUGACAGUCCUGACUCGACCUACGGUGUCUACAAGAGUCUCCUCUUUGACCACUUAUCCGACCUGCCGGCCGAAAAUGUGCACAAAAUCAGCCUGGAAGGCACUGCCGCAGAAGUAGCCGCCAAAUACCAGGCUGACAUAAUGGCCUUCUUCGGAGCUGAGAAUGGCUACCCGGCUUUUGAUUUACUCCUGCUUGGACUCGGUCCCGACGGACAUACCUGUUCACUCUUCCCGAAUCACCAACUGCUUUCC